CUUCCCAUAGCAAAUUUUGUCUCCUUUGUUCGCUUUCAAAAAAUACCAUUCCAAAUUCCAAUCACUUAUAUUUCUUCUCAUUUCAAUGCCAUUUAGCUUGGUUUUCUACCGGCAUUUCUUUGUAAAAUUCCCAGUCCAAAAUCCGGCUUUUCAUUUACCAUCAAUAGAUCAUCAAACCAAAUCAAACUUUCUGGUUUUCUCUCUCUCCAUUUUUCUUUUCGGAACCAUAAAAUCCAUGCAUUUAGCUUAAUGGAACUGAAGCUAGUCGCUUGCUUUGUUCUUCUUCAUGAUUCUAGAUAAUUCAGUUUCGGUGAGAAUCUUCCAAACAAAUAGCCCAAAAAGAAAAAAAAAGAGUAGCCUUUUCUCGAGAAAGUAAUCGUUUUCUUAGGAAGCUAAAACACUAGUUAACGGUGGGGAAUUCUUCACUUUCUCAGUAGCCAAACAAAAAGUAAAAAAAAAAAAAAAACAGUAUUGCCCUUGCCUGAAUUUCCCAUAGUAUUGCCAGCAAGUGAGGCAUGGUGUGAACAUUGGAUUUAUAGCUCAACAAUUUCUUUUCUUGAAUGCCAAGUAUGGCCCUCAACAUCACUCAGUAUUGCCGUUUUCUGUUGUUUUCAAUCAUGGUUUCUGCCGUUUUCCCGCCUUGUCCCGCCAUUAACGUCGAAACCGAAGCUCUUCUCCACUUCAAAAACAAGCUCAAAGACCCUUUGCACGUCUUAGAUUCUUGGAAAGAAUCAGAUUCUCCGUGCAAAUACUAUGGAGUUACUUGUGACCCUGUUUCAGGCAAUGUCACGGGGAUUUCACUCAUCGGGAAAUCACUUUCCGGUGAAAUUUCACCUUCCAUUUCAAGGCUUCAAAGUCUUCAAAACCUUUCUUUGCCUCAGAACGCCAUUUCCGGUGAACUUCCUGAAGAAAUAAGCCGUUGUUCAAAUCUCAAAGUUUUGAAUUUGACACAUAACAAAAUGGUGGGAGUUAUCCCCGAUCUUUCCGGGCUUAAGGACUUGGAGUCUCUUAUAUUGUCGUUUAACACGUUUUCGGGUCAGUUUCCGAGUUGGAUAGGGAACUUAACUGGACUGCUUUAUCUCGGUUUGGCCGGAAACAAUUUCGACGAGGGUGAGCUUCCGGACAGUAUCGGGAAUUUGAAGAACUUGAAUUACUUGUACCUUCCAAAGUCCAAUCUGAUAGGGCAGAUUCCAGAGUCCCUGUUUGAGCUGCAGGCCUUGAAGGUUUUAGAUAUGUCACGGAACAAGAUUUCUGGGACUAUACCGAACUCGAUUUCGAAAUUGAAGAACAUUCAUCAGAUUGAGCUGUUCGACAACAAGCUGACGGGGGAGUUGCCACCGGGAAUAGCCCAUCUUUCUCUCUUGGAAGAGAUUGAUAUCUCCUCGAAUCACAUGCACGGGACAUUGCCGAAAGAGAUUGGAAACAUAAAUUUGACUGUGUUUGAGUGUCACCAAAACAACUUUUCUGGAGAGAUCCCUGCAGUAUUUGGAGAUAUGCAUCAUCUUAAAGGGUUCUCGAUCUACCAAAACCGAUUUUCUGGACAAUUUCCUGCCAAUUUAGGCCGGUUCUCACCGUUGGAAAUUUUCGACAUUUCGGAGAAUCGAUUUUCAGGUGAAUUUCCCAGAUUCUUGUGUGCAGGCAGAAAGCUAACACUUUUAUUGGCUCUUGAAAACAACUUUACGGGACGGUUUCCAGAUACAUAUGCUGAAUGCAAAUCUCUGCUAAGGCUCAGGAUUAACAAGAACCACUUUUCAGGAGAAGUUGCAGAUGGACUUUGGUCACUUCCACAUGUGAAUCUAAUCGACCUCGGCGAUAAUGACUUUACCGGAGGCAUCUCCGCCAACAUCGGAUCUUCCACUAACUUGAGUCAGUUGGUUUUGCAGAACAAUAGAUUAUCGAGUAAUCUUCCGUCGGACCUUGGUAAGUUGACAAACUUGGGGAAGCUUCUUUUGAAUAACAAUAACUUUUCUGGCAGUCUACCUGCUGAGAUUGGUGCUCUAAAGAAGCUAUUAUCGUUGCAUCUCGAACAAAACUCAAUAACCGGAUCGAUACCGGCGGAACUAGGUAAUUGCGUUAUGUUGGUGGACUUGAAUCUUGCUGGUAAUGAUUUUAGUGGCAUUAUCCCACCUACAGUUUCACUCAUGCCCUCUUUGAACUCUUUGAACCUUUCGGGAAACAAACUUACUGGUCCGAUUCCGAAUAACCUCAAAAACCUGAAGCUAAGUUCCAUUGAUUUAUCUGAUAACCAGUUAUCCGGAAAUGUCCCUCAUGAGCUCCUGACCAUCGGCGGAGAUGAAGCAUUUAUCGGUAACGGAGGACUCUGCAUUGACCAAAGUACUAAAAUUCAGAGAAAUAGUACUUUGCUCAAUGUUUGCAAGGAAGAUUGGGGCCGGAAAAGAGUCUUCAGGGAUAAAUCGGUUUUCUUCAUCUUUAUAGCUGUAGUUUUGUUUAUAGUUCUAGCUGGACUAGUGCUUCUGAGUUACAAGAACUUCAAGCGCAUUAAAGCAGACAUGGAGAACAGUAUCGAAGGCGGCAACAGGGUAAGUCCGAAAUGUGAACUUGCAUGUUUUCACAACAUGGAUAUCGAAGCCGAGGAAAUAUGUGAUCUAGAGGAACAAAAUCUAAUUGGAAGAGGCAGUUCCGGAAGAGUUUAUCGCCUGGAUUUGACGAAAAAAGGCAUUGUGGUCGCUGUGAAGCAACUAUGGAAAGGGGAAGGCCUCAAGGCAAUGGCUGCAGAGAUGGAAAUUUUGGGCAAAAUCCGGCACCGAAACAUUCUGAAGCUCUACGCUUGCCUGACAAAAGGUGGAUCGAGCUAUUUGGUAUUCGAAUACAUGGAAAACGGAAACGUGUUUCAAGCACUUCGAAGAGUGAAAAGAGACGGGAAGCCGGAAUUGAACUGGCAUCAAAGAUAUAAGAUCGCCUUAGGAGCUGCUAAGGGAAUUUCUUAUCUGCACCAUGAUUGCUGCCCUCCUACCAUUCAUAGGGAUAUAAAAUCAUCCAACAUUCUACUCGACAAGGAUUUCGAGCCGAAGAUUGCCGAUUUCGGGGUCGCAAAGAUUGCAGAAAGAUCUCUUAGGGGAUCUGAAUGGAGCUGUUUUGCAGGCACCUAUGGUUAUAUUGCUCCUGAGUUUGUAUAUACUCUAAAAAUUACUCGGAAAAGCGACGUCUAUAGUUUCGGAGUAGUGUUAUUGGAAUUAGUGACCGGAAAAGCGGCCAUUGGAGAGGAGUACGGAGAAGGGAAUGAUCUUGUUCAUUGGAUUUUAACUCACUUCAACCACCAUGAAAAUGUCCUCAAGGUUCUUGACGAUAAAAUAGUCACAGAAACUGUCACCGUCCGAGACGACAUGGUUAAAGUCUUGAAGAUCGGUAUCCUUUGCACCGCCAAACUCCCGAAUUCGCGCCCCUCCAUGAGAGAAGUAGUCAAGAUGCUUGUUGAUGCUAAACCUGCCAUUCCCAUAUCUUCGGAUGACCAAUCCAACCAGGAUUAGUAAAAAGUUUUUGUUAUAUAUCAUGUAUAUUUCAACUUAUGUUACUAAUAAUCAAAAUCUAAUAGAAAGAUAUACAGUGUUGUACUUUAGGGGUUGAGGAAGUUAAA